AGACAGAUAUGGACCAUGCCCUAUAUUUCAUUUUCCAUGGUUUAAAUAUAGCCUUUCCUAAAUCUCCAGGGUUUGCCUUACGUAUACCGCGACAACAUACCGCAACAUUUCUUUAUCCAGUUUCCUCCGUGACGGCCUGAGGACGUGGUUAUAAUUAAUUAAGCCAACAAGAGGAAUAAACAUCAUUAAAUUUUCGACCCCUUUAUUUAAAACUGAAAACAAAGUGACGCAUUUUGUAUCAAAGUGACCAUCAACCAGCACGUGUUUUUGGAGGAAAAGCAACCACCUUGUAAAAUGACAAAUACCUGCCGCUGCAUAUUCCUUCUGUGUGUAGUAACUAUUGUUGAUUCUCAAAUUCAUACAGCGAAGAUGAAAAAUCCAGAACUAAAAAUUUCCAGUCCGGAGAACAGUCGGUGCUUCGCAGGAACGUGUGCCGGGAUUCCGUAUGAAAAGAUACGGCAUUUAUAUCGGGGAAUAUUUUUCACAAAGAAUGAGCUGCAAAUGAAGCUAAAAGAAUUAAACGCCUACACAAGCCGCACCAGUAAGAGUCCUGUAUGGCAGAAAAAGUUCAGGAAACCUUACGGCUAUUCCUCGCGUUUAAAAAGUUCUAGUAAUUAUUAUUAUUCGGGGUAUCAUGACGGUGACCAUUGUUGUCCUACAUCUCGUGAUUUGAUUUUCCCUCCUGUCUUAAAUAACACGAGAGGAGUACCUCGUUAUAUCGUCCAUUUCCCCGACAGUCAACCAGACCCCAUGUAUCAAUUCAUACCCAGGGGGAGAUGUGUACCUGGAGGUAACUGUAAGAACUGUGAACAGGAGAAGGCCCUCCACUCCCUGCUCGUGAUUGACUUGACAGCACCCCCGUACUUCGAGUUUGACGAUUUCUACCUACAGAGUUAUUGUUCUUGUAAAGAUUAAAAAGAAAAUUGUUAAUUAAAAAUGUCAAUUAAUUGA